GUUCCGUCACUGAUGGCUAAUGAGCGGCUCAGAGCUCUGGAGGACGUAGAGAAAGAGAUAGCGAUGAUCCUUCAGUGUGCCGGUAAUAUAGUUCUGGAGCUCUCCAAAGACAAACAUAACGCCAGCCUCUUGGACAGACAGCUGGGCCAGUUCCAAAGCUCUGUCAACCGUGUGGAGAGUGAACUUAGCGCUCAGAUCCGCUACCUCACACAGGUGGCUACUGGCCAACCUCAUGAAGGCUCCACGUACUCAGCCAGGAAGGACUGUCAGAUGGCACUGAACAGAGCCGAGUAUGCCAAGGUCAAACUGGGAGAACUGGGACGCACUUGUGAACUGAUGCUGGAGCAGCAGCAGCAGCAGCAGCAGCAGCAGCAGCAGCAGACAUGAGAGCAGCAGACUCAUUGAUGUGACUGUAUAUAUGCCUUUGCCUUUGUUUAGUGAAAUUGUUUAAUAAUCCUUUUAUAUCUUAAAUACUGGAGAUUCUCAGUAAUGGAAGAGAAAAUGUUGUAUACAAGCCAGAAUCUCUACUUUUGUACACAAUGAAUGUUGCAUUUCUAGAUAUUUUUUUGUGUCUGUGUUUCAGUUUUCAUUUUAAUACCACAGAACAGAUACAGAUUUGAUUAUAUCACAUUUUACAAAUCUACCCAAAAUCUCUAUUCUAAACCAGGGGCCUCAAACUCAAAUGAUCUGGGGGCCAAUCUCGUCCAGUCCGGUCAGGAGGAGGCCGGUCAAGUGAAAAAAAGUCCACCAUAGGAACACUGCUACUUUUUCUGUUUAUUGAAUAGGCUCCCAGAUUGGCUGCAUCUCCCCACGACCCUCAUGUGGAAGAUAAAGCAGUAGACAAUUAAUGUAUGGGCACAGGAAUCUGGGUGUCUAAUCUGCAUUUCAUGUGUUCUUACAUUAGAUAUGUAUAAGGUACAUGGGUGUGCAACAUUACAAAAAUUGAUACUAUUGAAAUCCAUGUAAGCUUAGUCCAAUACCCAUAUAAUUGUCACCAAUGUUAGAUUACAUCACCUCCAAUUUCCCUGGUGAUUUUUUCUUGUUUAAAAAUGUGCGAUCUUUAUCUGACCAUUGUAACAAUAAAGACAUUUUUAAGUUCA